AUGGAUCGGCUGGGCGAGAUGGCCAAGGACCCCAGUUUCAUCCGCCGUGUAUUGCAGGUGCGCAACCGGUGUAACGAGGCGCUUUCGAUGGAGCCUCUUCUGUCCGGGAAGCUGGAAAGGGAAGAGCUACCGAAGGAGCUGCAGAGCACCAAUGGCGUUGUCGUUGGCGCCACCGCGGCGAUCCCUACGGGCCUGUCGAGUGCUCAGUCAUCACCCAGCGCCUCCGGCACCCCCUCACCAGUCGUGGCAGCCGACACCGCGUAUGCUGGCGACGACGCAUGCGUGCGAGUCGUGCAGGAGCGCAUUCUAUACUGGCGAUGCGUCCACGCGUGGAUGGAGGACGUCCUGAAGCAACUGCGCGGGCGUGAGUGGCGGCUUGUACACCGACUCCUUGCCCAGCGGGUGGAGACGGACUACGUCAGCGAGUACGUGGGCUACUUGAAGUUGGCACAGGAAUACAUCGCCUUCCUCAACACGAUCCCGGAGAAGCGACUUGCCAACGUGCAGGAUAUGAAGGAAUUCAAUGACGUGGCGGACGAGAUAAUCGUGGCGGCGACACAGCCAACACGACUUGCGCCGCGGCUGCAACUGAGCCUUCUCACGUCACUCGUCUGGCAGAUUACGUGGCGGUGGGUCAGUGUGAUGGAGACGCAGCCGGUUCUUAUCCUCGACGAAGACCCUGACGCUGCCCCAGUCGUGGCAGCCGGCGACGGGUCUGCGACCCAGCGCGGCGCAGGCGUCACCACAGCAGCCCACGCUGACCCGCUCGUAUCGCUGCAGACGCUGCGCAUCGCCAUGCACUCGUUGCGCACGUUGCAGACACAGUACGUGGAGCACAGCACUCAGCUGCGGCACCAAAUCCGUGUGGCGCGUACCCCUCGCGAGCACAUAGAGCACCCGCAUGUUGAAGCGCUGCUCGCGCGCUGCGUCGCCGUGCGUGACCUAAUCGAAGAGCACCUGCUCCUCAUGCGGCAGCUCGGGGCCGUCUUCUCUACCAAGAUACGCUUGCAGUUUGGCAAGGCCAAGCGUGAGGCAGUGGCAACGACAGGAGCAGCAGCUAAGCAGCAGCCGGGCGAGGAGUACGCGCUGGCGAUGCAGGACGCCUUCAACGAGUGCGUGCGCGCCGUUUGCGGGUGGUCGGACGAUGCGGCAGACCUCGCAAGGUCGCGCAAGGACGGCAAUAACUACCUUUGGCAGACCAACUCCACAGCCGUUCAGCGCUUCAACGCUGCUGUGCAAGAGUACCGACGCAAGCGUUACCAAUGCGACAGCCAAAUCGCCUUGGUGGUGAGUCAGCUUCUGAGUAACCAACAGCACGCACACGACGACGACCGCAGUGGCAUGGGUGAUGCGGGGAUGGCGGUGGCCGAGAGAGCCGGUACCGCGAUGGCUAUGAAGGGACCGAAGGUCAGCGCAAACUACGCGGACAACCACGGCCUUCGUCUCUUCCGCACCUUCAAACGGUUUAAGAUGCUGCCCCUCGAGCGAGUGCAGCGAGUCGUGCACAGCUACCAGGAUGCCGUUGCUGAAAAGCUCGGCGCCUAUGUCAGCUACAUCCAAGAGUGCUACGUGAACGUGCCCCUCACGAAGGAGAAGGUGAGCUACAACAUGGCCCGCUUCUCAGUGUCGGCGUUGGUGGCGCAGAUCAUGUGGGAACAGCAGCUGGCCGAGGCACUCACAAAGUCGAUGGUGCGCUUCGACUACGUCAGCGAGCACGGGUGGCAUCAACUUCUGUACUUACGGAACGUCGAGCACUACUGGCGCCUUAACGCCAGCCUUGCCGAGUUCAUCGGCAUCCCCCUUGAGCUGCUUGUGUGCGAUGAGCUGCAGCUGGACUCCGAGGUGCACGGCUGUGCGGUGGCGCUGACGUGCUUGAGUUUGCACUACGCUGAGGAAGCAUCCGAGUGGGAGCAGGAUGAGCACCUCCGUGUCGCACAGGACCUCGUGGCCGCCCGCGAUCCAGGCGCCCUUGCUGUGGCUCGGGAUCGCAUGCUGGUUGGGGGUGCGCCGCGACUGUACAAGGCCGCCGCACGCAUCCGCGACAUCCGCAGCUCGCGAGACAUUAUUCAGCAGCGCAUCGCGAGCCACACGACGUGUUGGUACGAGGAGGUCGAUAGGCUGAUCAGCAGCAGCCUCGAUCAACACACGCUGCUGCUGUCGGGCCCGGUGCUUUGGGCCGUCAACUGCGGGGCCGUCAGCGCACCGCACAACACGACAGGCGGCGCACCCGCCACCGAGGCAGACACCGCCGCGAUGCGCCAGCAGCUCUCCGGUGGAGUCGGCGCGAUGGCGAGCGGUAUCGUGGCCAAUGCGAAUCACAACAGUACCAGUGGUUCCGGCAGCGUGCCGCGUGCCAGCAGCGUCAGCCCGUUGUCUUUAGCGUUGAUGCGCCCCCAAAGCCGCAGCGUGUCGCCGUCGAUGCGUUGGACCUCACUCUUGGGGCCUGUGGGCAGCGGUGAUGCCGACAACUUAGCAGCGGCAGCCGCCGCGGUGCCGAACUGGAUGGUGGAGGUUGCCUUUCCGUGGAACUUCCCUACCAUGGCCGAGGAUCUGCGCUAUCUGGAGUCUUCACCCCUCACCUCCACCCUACUCAAUGCCAACUCCGGAGAGCUAGCGAUGGUGAGCCGGAGUGGCACCAGUGCGGCGGGCAGUACGCUGUCGCCGCGUGGACGAAGCGCUGCCAUCACCUCUGGUCUCGCCUUCCUGCGCGACGCGCUGCGAGGCAACGAGCUGCGAUCACGCCUGGCGAACACUUUAGCGGAGCUCACUCACGUCUACUACGUCACCGUCAACGGCGAGGACACCAGCCUUGUGUUGCUGGCGACAGACGAAUACCAGGAGGUGAACCGGCUCUUCCAGAAGGGUAUUGCCCUGCGCUGGAGCGACGAGGGACUGCUAAGCUACGUGCAGCAGCUUUCCGAUACGAUGCAGGCCUUUACCACGACAGUACAGCAGCUGCGAUCGAAGACGGAGCUCGUGUACCGGAAGAUCCGCGCCUUCACUGUACGUGCCUUCCACCCGGAGGCGAUCCUGCAGCGAGUCGAAGCACUUCGCCGCAUCGUCGACGCCCUCUCCCUACGCUGCGUGCACGCGCAUCUGUGGACGCGGCAGAUUCAGCCGCUCCUGGAGGAAGCGCUGCUAACUCAGAUAAAGUAUCUCAUGCACUCGUGGACCGAAGAUUUCCUGUCCAUGCGCAGUGACGUCCGCUUCCUCGAGAAGGGUGCUGAGACGGACGUGUUUCGGCUGACACCGCUGCGGGUGCGGAUGCGGGUGGUGUACAAGGAGGUCCGCCUCGAGUCUUGCUGCAGCGCGUGGCGUCAGCACUGGAUCGAUGAGCUUAACCGCUUCUUAAGCUGGAUCGACGUUCUGCCGAGGCUGUACAAGGAGGAAAAGGCGCAGCCGGACAUCGUUGGCGUCUCGGCAGCCCUCGGCUCCGAUAUGAUGAACACGCCGGGCUGUAUCAGCCUGACGCCUAGCCGUCAUACCAGAUCUGUGUCUACGGCAGCGGCGAUGCACGGCAGCAGCGGCACUGAUGGUGCUGACGGCAAUACUAGCAUUGGUGGACCCGGUAACAACGGAAGCAACGCCGGCAGUGGCAGUGCAGCCGACGAUGGCUACCAAUCUCUGCUGCUACGGCUGCCGUCCUCUGCAUUGGCAGAACCGCUGCACGCGAUUGAGCAGUGCGUACAGGACGCCAUCGACACAGAGGAGGAGUGGCGCCGCGGACAGCAGUUUCUGAGCAUGGAUGUCGCGCUCAUGCAGCGGCGCUUUGGGCGAGACCUGCGCCGCUGGAGCCACGCCCUGCGCCUCAUGCACACAGUGACGUCACGCAUCAUGGACUACACGCAGCCGAACAAGCUUCUCGGCGGUAUUGUAGUUCUCGCGCAGGAGGCGCAGAUCGAGCUAGGCCGAAAGCUGGACCAGGUCAGCCAGUACGCCCACGCGAAGUUUAAAGAUCUCCUGCAAGGGGAACAGGAACAAGCCUUGAACGACAUCACUCAGGAACGGCUGAAGGUUGACGUGCUCGACGUGAUCAGCAACCCAAAGGACGCAGCCGCACUUCUAUCGGAGGCGCCGCGACUCAAGGGUAUGCUGCAACGGCUGGACGGCGACAUCGCGCUUAUGGAGAACGGCGAGGCGAGUCUGCAGAAGCUGGGACACGUGUUCCCGGAGCACUGGAUGCACGCCGCGGUGGUGCAUGAGGAGUACACGUCGCUUGCUGAGCUUGUGGACCGUAAGCUCAAGGCGGUGCAACUGCGCCGGCCUUUCCUGCUCAAGGAGGCGAACACGGCCGCCGAGGCCCUCGAGGUGAAGGUCGAAGAGCUGACUGCGCGCUUCCGCAACAUGGACUCGAUUGCCGUCUCCAAGGAAGCCCCUGCGCUGGCGAAGCAGAUGGUGGUCGAUAUCUACAAUGAGGUCGUUGCGCUCAGCGAGGAAGCGAAGCAGGUGACGGCGAUCCAGGAGGAGCUCGGUGAGUCGCCGCACGUCUUUGCCUCCUUGCCAGUGUUGCUGGCAGACGUGAUGCGUGUGAAGGACGUGUGGGUCCAAGUCGCAUCCGCCUACGCGGAGCUUAACGAGCUCGGCGCGGCGCCGUUCUUCGAGAUGGUGCCGCGCCACCUGCACGAGUGCCUGCUGAAAAUGGAAGAGGAAACGGACGCGUACGACGAGACGGUGCACAGCUGCCAACUUUAUCAAAACCUCAAGACAAAGCUACGCCGUGUGCUGAGCUACAACCGCCUAAUGCAGGACCUCCGCUCCGACGCCAUGUCGCCGCUAGAUCGCGCUAUGCGGCACUGGUCGGCCCUCCAGCACAAACUGCGCGCGCCGUGGGUGCUGACGAGCCUUACGGUGGCGGACAUCUGGGACAGCGACCCGAGCGCGACGGCCGCCAUUUACAGCGAAGUGGUGGAGGUGGCUCAGGGUGAGCGCCGCAUCGAGGUGCAGCUGCAGAACAUUAACAACUACUGGAACAUGUUCGUGUUCAGUGUGGUUGUCUACAAGAAGCAGGUCGCGCUCAUACGCGGCUGGGAUGAAGUGUUUGAGCGGCUGACCGAGGAUCUGAGCACCUUUGGUGGUAUGCGCGCAAGCCCGUACUUUGUCUUCCCGCAGCUCGUCUCCAUGACAAACGACGCAGAAGCGAGGCUGGACCGACUGCGGCAGGUACUGGAGGUCCUCCUCGAGGUGCAGAAGCGGUGGGUCUACCUCGACGGCAUCUUUGCGGGAAACGUGGAAGUUCGUGCGCAACUGCCGCAUGACACCCUCAAGUUCGACCGCACCAGCCGCGAGCUGCUGCACAUCCUUCCCCGUCCCCGGUCCUCCGGUAACCCGCCAGAGCUACGCGUCUCCUUCUUCCUCGAAGACGAGAAGCUGAAGGCAACGUUGGAUCGACUCCUCUCGCAGCUGGUGGCGGCGCAGCGAGCCCUGACGAACUACCUCGACACACAGCGCAGCCGCUUCCCCCGCUUCUUCUUCCUGGGGGACGACGACUUGCUCGAGAUCAUGGGCAACAGUAAGAACCCACUGUUCCUCAACAAGCACCUGAAGAAGAUGUUCACCUCCCUGGCCUCACUGCAGCUCGAUGGCAACGUUAAGGACGCCACAACGCAGCUGCGCGGCUUCGCGAGUGCCGAGGGUGAGGCGCUGUCUUUCCAGCCUGGCCCCAUCUCGUACGGGCAGCGGCCGAUCCACGAGUGGCUCGGUGAAGCGGAACAGGGCAUGGUCUACACCCUCCGCGAGGCCACGCUGCGCGCGUACGAAGAGCUCGUCAACACUAAAGGUGCGUCACCGUACGCCUUGCUGUGGUCGAUGGAUUGGAUGCAGCAGAAACCAGCGCAGGCAGUAUGCCUGGCGCUACAGCUCGUCUGGACGCGGCAGCAGGAGGGUCUGUUGACUGGUGCGUAUGGCAGCGGCGGCGGUGCCGAUGCCGCCGAUGCCCGGCCCACGUCUCUGGUCUCGUCAGCGAAGCCCUCGGUGGUGUCAAACAGCAUGGGCGACCUGCUCGUCCGCUUGGCUGACAGUGUGCUGGACAACGCCGUCGCUCCGAGCUCGCGUCGCCUGUGCGAACAGCUGAUCACGAUAGCCGUGUACCAGCGCGAUGUCUCUCGCACCCUCACCGCACACAAGGUGGAGUCGAGCGACAACUUCGACUGGCUCAGGGUUCUGCGCUUGUACGUGGUCCCCACGCACUGCCAGCAGCAGCGACACAGCGGCAAGACCAUGACUGACUUGAGAAGCAUCGACCCCACCAACAGCGCGAACGUGAGUGGGUUGGCUCUCAGCAAGUACCAGUUUGCUGAGACGCUGGAAUGCCGCGUGGCAGAUGCGUCCGUGCUUCACGGAUUCGAGUACAUUGGCGCGUAUGAGCGCCUUGUGCAGACCCCGCUCACAGACAGGUGCUACCUGACCCUCAUGCAAGCCCUGCACACCCGCCUCGGCGGAUCGCCGGUUGGGCCAGCCGGUACGGGCAAGACAGAGACGGUGAAGGCGCUCGGCAUGCAGCUGGGCCGCCAUGUCCUCGUCUUCAACUGUGAUGACACCUUUGACUACCAAGCUGUCAGCCGAAUAUUCCUCGGGCUGUGCCAGGUCGGUGCGUGGGGCUGCUUCGACGAGUUCAACCGCCUUGAAGAGCGCAUCCUCUCCGCGCUGUCACUGCAAAUCCAAGUCAUCCAGCAGUCCCUGCGUGCACGCCAGCGGCAGGUGCAGCUAAACCACCGCACUGUACUGCUCCACUCGAACGUGGCCAUCUUCAUCACCAUGAACCCUGGCUAUGCUGGUCGCUCAAAGCUGCCAGGUAACCUGAAGCAGCUCUUCCGCACCGUAACAAUGACCAUCCCUGACCGCGAGACCAUUGCAGAGGUGAUGUUGUUUGCGCAGGGCUUCACCACAGCCGAGGCGCUUUCACAAAAAGUUGUCCCGCUCUUCCGGCUCUGCGAGGAGCAGUUCACGCGGCAGGCGCACUACGACUUCGGCCUGCGCGCGUUGAAGUCCGUCCUGGUAGCCGCGGGUGAUCGCAAGCGGCUGGUGGCGACGGAAUCCAGCGUGAAUAGCAGCAGCCACAACGGUGCCGGCGGCGCAAGUGCUGACGCGGUUCAGAGAACAGAGCGAAUGCUGCUACUGGAGAGCAUCAUCGCGACCGUUGCCCCAAAGCUUGUCGCGCAGGAUGCGGCGUUGUUCUACCCGCUGCUGCACGACUUCUUUCCUGGAUGCUCACUCCUGACGCAGUCGGUGGACGAGCUUCGCGAGGCUGUGGCGUGCGUGUGCGCGGAGAGCGGCCUCUCCCCCGCUGCGGGGUGGGUGGAGAAGGUGCUGCAGCUUUACCACACAAAGAUGACGCGGCACGGUGUCAUGAUUGUCGGUCCCAGCGGCACGGGUAAGACAACGGCGUGGACGGUGCUGAUGGCGGCCAUGACUCGCCUGGAGAAGGCGCUGCAGAUGCAUGCAUACGUCCUCUCUCCCAAGGUCCUGAGCAAGGGUGAACUGUUCGGCACCCUCGACGUGACGACGCGCGAGUGGCGUGAUGGCGUUUUGACGAGUAUCCUGCGCAGGAUCAUCGACACCGAGGAACAGCAACAGAUUCCGGAUGACCUGGCGCUAGUGGGGAACGAUGACAUCGACCACGACGUCGCGGCAGCACCGCCGGCGACCGUCUCCGCAGGGAGGGAGAGGAUGGCAGAUGACGAAGCACGGCAGCCCAUUGACACCGUCGACAAGAACCACACGCCGUCAAAGCAAAGCACCACUCGCGACAGCAGCGCCGGUCCACCAGAGGUCGAAGGCUCGAAGCUGCGGAAGGAGCAUUGGAUCAUCUUCGACGGCGACGUGGACCCGGAGUGGGUGGAGAACCUCAAUUCAGUGCUGGAUGACAACCGACUGCUCACGCUGCCCAACGGUGAGCGGCUUCCACUGCCACGCUCGGUGCGCAUUAUCUUCGAAGUGCAGGACCUGCUGUACGCGACGCCAGCCACCGUGUCGCGCUGCGGCAUGCUGUGGUUUAGCGAGGGCAUCGUGCCGCUGUCAGGGGUGCUGGCGCACACCUAUCACCAGCUGCAGGAACAGCUGAUCGUCGACGCGCGCGGUCGGCACCUGCACUUGGGAACCGACUACAUGAUCGGCGUCACCGGCGCGCGGGGCGCACUCUGCGCGGACUGCGUUGUGACCAGUGAGUACGGCAAGGUGUACCACGAGUUGAUCCUGUCAAGCGCCACGACCAGCGGGGAGGAGGCAAUGCCUGGCAGCCUACCGCGGCAUCAAAGCCACAUUAGCACCGGCGACGAGAACACCGCCUCAGUGGCGCUGGGGCGCAGCAGUCAGUUGAGUAAGGACGCGACCCUGCGGAACGACAACGACGUCGAGCUUGACAUGGGCGACACCCAUUACGGGAACCACACCAUGCUCAUGAGCACCAUUGGCGGAGGCGCCAACACGCUGCGCCGCGGUCAUCCUGAUGCAGAGCGCCUCCAGGAAAUCAUGGUCAGCUCGUGGGCGGAGGCCUUUGAGAAGGACGGCGCCGUGAUGCUCGGGCUGCAGCUGAUGAAGUCGGCGGCGUUCCGCGACGUCUGUGUGAUGAUGCCAAGCGACCUGCAGAGCAUCCACAGCAUAGUUUCCUUCCUGGUCCAGGGGGUAUGGCGCACUUUUGAGGCCGAGCAGCAGAACAACGGCGACGUCUUCGGCGACGCCGUGGUGCGGAAGAUCGCCAUGCAGGUGCUCUCCUACGCGAUCUUCUGGGGCCUGGGCUCCGCCAUGAGUCUGGAGAACCGCAUGAAGCUGGCGCAGCAGCUAGGGCUGCAGCCGAUGGUCGACGGCGUUGCACAGUCGAUGGUGGAGGUGGAGGUUUGCUACCGCACGGGCGAAUGGCGGCUGAUCCGCAACCGCGUCCAAGAGACCUCUCUCCUGGCGGAGCAAGUCGGUGCGAACGAUACCGUCAUCACCACCGUGGACACGUGCCGACACGAGGACGUGCUGAGCGCGUGGCUCGGCGCCGGUCGCUCCGCCAUUCUGUGUGGGCCGCCGGGCUCUGGUAAAACCAUGUCUAUCACCGCGGUUCUGAGCAGUCUGCCCGAGUACGAGGUAGUGUUCCUGAACUUCUCGAGCGGCACAACGGUGAAGACGAUUAUGAAGGCGUUGGACCAGCGCUGCAGGGUGCAGGAUACCGCCCGCGGUCUCGUCAUGGCACCGACGUCCGGCAGGCAGCUCCUUCUUUUUUGCGAUGAGGUCAACCUGCCAGCGCUGGACCGCUACGGCACGCAGGUGGUCGUGCAGCUGCUGCGUCAGCUCAUCGAGCGCAAGGGCUUUUACCGGGCACGUGACAACACCUGGAUCACCCUCCAGGACGUGCAGGUCGUCGGCGCCUGCAACCCACCAACCGACCCUGGCCGCGUGCCGCUCAGCACACGCUUCCUGCGCUGGGCACCGGUGCUACUUGUCGACUUCCCCUCUCCAGAGUCGCUCAAGACGGUCUACACCACCUACUGCCACGCCAUCCUAGCAUGGAAUGAACGUCUCUGCGGCCUGGCCGCCGCCCGCCUGGCACAGGCGAUGGUGAAGAUGUACCGCGUCUCUCAAGCGAAGUUCACGCCGAUACAGCAGCCACACUAUCUCUACUCCCCUCGCGAUCUGUCGCGCUGGUCGCGGGCGCUGUACGAGGGCAUCCUCACCUGGGACGACACCGCACGACGCCAUCUCAGUGUCAGCCAGCUCGUGCGCCUCGCCGUGCAUGAAGGGCUGCGCGUGUUCUCUGACCGUCUUGUCACAGCCGAGGAGCAGGCAUGGACAAACACCUCCAUUGUGACGGCGUUUCGCGAGUUCUUCACUGACGUCGACGACCACACGUUCCAUCAACCGCUCCUCUACUCCACGUUACUCUCGCACAGCUACACGGACAGCCCACGCGAGGAGCUACGAGCGUACGUGCAGAAGAAGCUGACGGCCUUCAACGAAGAGGAGUCGCUUGGUGACUUGGUCAUCUAUGACGCGAUGAUCGAUCACGUCGUGCGCAUCGACCGUGUCCUGCGCCAGCCCCUGGGCCACAUGCUUAUCGCCGGCUCCUCUGGUGUCGGAAAGACGGCCUUGACGAGGUUGGUGGCAUGGAUGCGUGGCUUCUCAACCUUCACCCUAAUGCUGCACCGCGAGUACGACUUGGACGACUUCGAACACGACCUCCGCGAGGUGCUGCGCCGCGCUGGAUGCAAGCGGGAGCGCAUCUGCUUCCUGUUUGAUGAAUCCAACAUCCUGCAGCCGAGCUUCCUCGAGUACAUGAACGCCCUGCUGGCUUCUGGCGAGGUGCCGGGUCUUUUCGACGGCGAGGAGUGGUCAAAGCUCAUGCAGGAGGUGCGAGAUGCGGUGCUGGCAAACCAAAGCUACUUUGCCACAAAGCGUGGUGGCGGUGGAGGCGCCGGCGCUGUUGCGGCAGGAGGGGCACGUGGACGCGCCGACAGUGGCGACGGGCCCUCGCUAGCAGGCCGAGAGGGGCGCCACAAGGGUCUGGACGGCAACGGUGAUGACGCGAAAGGUACCCGGUGUGUCUCUGUGAUGCGUGACGUCGACAUCGCGUCCAGCACGGCGGCGGACGACGUGGUGGACGUGCACAACGACGCGGAGCUGUAUCAUUGGUUCUUGACGAACGUGCGCAAGUACCUACACGUCGUGCUCACCAUCAACCCCUCCUCCGGUGAAUUCACGUCGCGCACGAUGGCGAGCCCGGCGCUGGUGAACCGGUGCACCAUCGACUGGUUUGGCGACUGGGACGCGAUGACGCUGCAGCAGGUGUGCCGAGAGCGGAUAGGCCGUCUUGCGCUGCUGCCAGUCUGCCACGGCGUCUUCGCCACCGAGGUAGAGGCAAAGGAGGCGGUCGUGGAUAGCCUAUGCGCGAUGCACGUCUCCACGCAGCACACCAACCAAGCCCUGCGCGUGCGACACGCCAACCAGGGCACCUACGUCACACCGCGUCACUUCACUGAUUGCGUUUCGCACUUUGUGGCCAUUUUGCAGGAAAAGCGAAAAGUCUCCAGCGAUGCGCUGGCGCACCUGCACAGCGGCCUCAAGAAGCUGCAGUUGGCCGCGCAAGAGGUAGCGGAGCAGCAGACAAUGCUGAAGGACAGUGAGGUCGAGAUGGAGGCGAGCAGCCGGCGAGCGCAGACAAUGCUGGAGCGCAUCAUUAGCGAGACCGACGUAGCGAAGCGUGAGAAGGCGGUAGCGCAGGACUUGGAGCGGCAGCUGCAGGACGAACACGCGCAGAUCUCCGACGAUGCGCAGCGCCUGUCCAUCGAGCUAGCGGAAGCGGAGCCGGCGCUGCGGGAAGCCGAUGCGGCGCUCAGCACGGUGAAGCCGGAGUACCUGCGCGAAAUCCGCGCAUACACGACACCGCCGCCGAUGGUGAAGCGCACGCUCGAGGCGGUUGGGGCGCUGAUGGGUGAGAAGAACGGCGAGGACUGGGACUCGCUAAAGAACUGCAUCCGCCGCGACGACUUCUUAGCCAGCGUGCGCAACUUCCGCCCCGACGACAUCAGCGAGCCCGCCCGCGAGCGGGUGCGGAACAUGAUGCGGGACAGCAGGUUCACUAUCGAGGCGGCGUAUCGUGCCUCGAAGGCGGCCGGACCGCUCAUGCAGUGGGUGUUCUUUCAGGUGAAGUACUCUGCCAUCUACAAGCGCGUGGCGCCGGUGCGGUCGAAGAUCGAGAAUCUGAUCAAAGCGCGCGACGUGAAACUGAAAGGGCUGGGGGUAGCGCAGGAGGAGGUGCGUCAGAAGGAGAAGUCGUUGCGGCAGCUCAUGGGCGAGUACCAGAACGCUACCGCCCAAAUUGCGGAGCUGAAGCAGCGCAUAAUCGCCGUCUCGAUCAAGUGCAAUCGUGCGCAGACGAUCCUGCGGCAGUUGCUGGACGAGCGCGGCCGGUGGGAGACGGAGGUGCAGAGCUUUGACUCCGAGGCACGCACAACGCUGGGCAACUGCGUCAUAUCCGCCGUCUUCCUCGCUUACACCGGCUUCUACGACGAGCACACGCGCGAGCGCGUCCUGAUGCCACGUUGGUUGGAGUGUCUGCAGCGCACCACCAUCCCCGUCCGCCGCGGUCUAAGCGUAACGGAGUACCUCUCGUCUCCCACGCAGCAGCUAGCGUGGGAAGAGGCAGGACUGCCCAAGGACCGCCUGGACAUCGACAACGCCGCCAUCAUGCACCGCUCCCAGCGGUACGUGCUGCUGAUCGACCCGACAGGCGUGGCGGCACGCUUUGCACUCCGCUACUACGCGGCCAAGAAGAUCACCAAGGCUUCGUUCAGUCGGCCAGGCUAUGUGAAGCAGCUCGAGAUGGCGGUACGGUUCGGCUACCCGAUUCUUAUGGAGGACGCCGAGCACCUCGACCCUGCCGUGGCGCCGCUGUUGAAUGGCGAAGUGCGCUGCCAUGGCACGCGCUACAUCACCCGCAUCGGUCCGCACGAAGUGGACCUGGCGCCGUCGUUCCGCCUUCUCCUGCACACACGCAACCCCAAUUUUCAGCCUCCACCUGACCUGGCUGGGCAGGUGUGUAUGGUGAACUUCACCGUCACACUGUCCUCACUGCAGUCGCAGUGCCUGCACUACACACUUCUGCACGAACGCCCCGAUGUGGAUGAGAAGCGCUCGAAGCUACUCAAGGCGCAGGGCGAGUAUCAGCUGCGGCUACGCGUGUUGGAGGAGAAGCUGCUCACCCGCAUCGCCGAAGCCGAGGGCAGCUUGCUGGACAACGACACCCUUAUCGAGAACCUGACGGAAUUGAAGGAGGAGGCCACUCGCAUCGCACGCAACAUUGUCGAGGGCGAGGACUCAAUGCGCGACAUUCGUAGCGUGGAAGACAUGUACCGCCCCAUCGCGACGGUGGUCGCACAGGCACACUUUGCGCUGAAGUGCUUUGAGGAACUCAACCCGUAUUACUACUACGACGUUCGCUUCGUGCUGCGUGUUUUGAACGACGCGCUGCAGAGGCUGCCCUCGACAAGCACGCCAGUGGUGGAUGCGCUGCCGCGCCUACAGCAGCUCACGUACGGAAUCUUUGCGCUACUGCACCGACGCGUGGUGCGAGGCAUGUUUCACGAGGACCACCUUGUGUGGGCGUUGCGUCUGGCGCAGCUACGAAGUGCAAUGGGCACGAUAGGCGUCAGGUCUGCAUCUGCCUCCCCGACUUCGGCUUCAGUGAUGCCACUUCACUACAGCAGCAACGACGGCUCCGCUGUGAUGCCAGAGGAGUGGGAGUGGAUCUUGUCGUGUCUGCGUUUCGCAGGUGGCGAUGCCGGAGGUGGCGCCGGCUCCCCACUCACAGCUGCAUCCUGCACAACGGCGGCCGACUCCGUCGACGAUAGCAGUGCCAGCAGCCCCCUAACAGCCGUAACGGCGGCGGCAGGUCUUCCACCGGUGGUGCAACGCGCCUGUCCAACCCUGGGGUCGCAAAGCUGUCAAGCGCUCGCCUUCUUGCUCACGAAGCCUGCCUUCAAGGAGAUUCACCAGACACUGGCGACGCAGGCAUCUGCGUGGGAGACGGUGUUCAUGUCUGCCACGCCAGUAGCCACCAGCGAGUCCGCCCUGCCUCCGGAGUGCUUCCCUCGCGGCGCCAGUCGCGUGCGCCGGCUCUUGUUGCUGACUCUCGUGCUGCUCCACACGCGCCGUGACGCCUUCAUGGAGGCGGCGCACCAACUCCUGGCGGCGUACUUUUCUCCAAGCCAAAUGGACGCAGCGACUGGCGCCGCCGUCCUCGGCACGGAGGACUUCUUUGCGCCGCAAACAAACGAUCUCACGGACGGCAUUAUGGCUGAGUUGGGUCCCGCGACGCCGCUGUUGAUGGUGACCGACACCAUGUUCGAUCCCGCCCUGCGCGUGGAGGAAUUGGCUCAGCGCACGAACACGAACCUCUACAUCGUGGCGAUGGGCAGCAUGGAGAGCAUUGAGAACGCAGACGCCUACCUGGCAGAGGCGACGAAGGUGGGACGCUGGGUGCUGCUGAAGAACGUCCACUUAGCACGCGGAUACAUGGACAAGCUCGAGAAGCAGCUGCACUUCCAGCAGAACGAAGGUCAGCUGCACAAGGAGUUUCGUGUGUUUCUCACAGCGGAGCGCGACAGGAGCGCGGCAGGGUCUCCCACGGCAGCCACAGCUGCAGCCGCCUCGCCCAGGGUGCUGCCCAUCAACCUCAUAGAGGCCUCAGUGGUCGUGGUCUACGAGGCUCCACCAGGCAUGCAGUCGUCUCUCCUGCACACCUACGGUGAGUAUCCCGCAGUCUCGGCGGCGGCUUUCGGCGGCACUGACACGUCCUCGGCCGCUCCAAGCUCUGGCGCCGCCGCCGCCGCCGCAACCAGCAACACCUCACUUCAGCGUCUCUACCUGGCCGCGGCAUGGCUGCACUCUGUCAUCACCGAGCGCACCCUCUACAAGCCCCUUGGCUGGAGCGAGGCGUACGAGUACACGGAGGUGGAGUAUCAGCGCGUCGUGCAAGCGGUACAAGCGUGGAGCACCGCCGCCGAAGUCGCAGCGACAGCGUCGAGGAGUGACGCUGGUGGCUUAAAGGUCUCGUGGGACGCCCUGCGUGCCAUUGUCGCGACUACCGUCUACGGCGGCGCAGUAAGCAAUAUUUUCGACCAGCACGUCCUCAACGUCUUCUGCCGCGAGCUGCUCCGUCCAGAGAUGCUGCAAGAUGCUGCGCAGUUCGUCUCCAAGGCGGCAGCCGCCGGUGCGCUACCACCACCCAUCCUUGGCCGCUCGCGCGCAGAGCUGCUUCAGUGGAUUCACGCGCUUCCCGGCGGCAGCAGCGAUCCAACGUGGUUGGCGUUGCCGAUCGGCGCGGACCGCAUGACGCGCGCGCGCAGCGCCAUAGAGGUGGUGGAGCGCUUAUCUCUGGUGCAGAGCACCCUGGACGAUGAGCUGGCAUUUACAGACGACGACAGUGCCGCGCAGGCCGUGACAAGCGGCAUGGGUGCCGCAUCGCCGAAAAGCGGUGCGCUUCGGGCUACGCGGUGGGCAGCCAAGGUGGAGUCCUACUGCACUGCCUGGCACCCACUCCUGCGCAACGCGCUGGAGAAGCUCGAGAAGCACCCCUUUGUCCGACAAGCCGUCACACAGCACGAGCAGGAGAGCGUCGAACAGGCCAGCAUCGCUGACGCCAGCGCCGCGGUGGAAGACAGGGCCAACGUCAAUGGUGCCAGUCGGCCCAGUGGUGUGGCGGCACCGCUUCUGCUCGCGAUGGAGCGUGAGGUGGUGGCGGCGGUCGAGCUCGUGCGGCACCUUCUGACGUGCGUGCGCGAGCUACGCGAGGUGGUGAUGGAGGAGCGGACACCGACCUCCAUGCACCGCAGCCUCGUGGAAGAGCUCAUGAAGGACCACGUGCCCGAUGUGUGGAGUGCGCACCUGCGUGGAAUUCAUGGCUCGGCUGCCCAUUCUUUGUUUGUCGGUCUCUGGAUAACGGACGUGCAGCAGCGAGUCGAGCAUCUUCUUGAACUGGCAACAGCCGCGCACAGCGGGAAGCUGGCGAGGACGCCAGUGCGCCUCGGUGCCCUCUUCUCCCCAGGCGCGUUCUUGACUGCCUUCAAGCAGCACUGCGCGCGGGUGGAGCAGGUGUCUCUCGAGCAGUUAGUGCCGCAGGUGGAGGUAGCCACAUCAACCAAUGCCGGUGCAAGAGGGGCACUCCACACGGCAUUGUCCGCCUUGCCAGCCACAGGUAUCUCUGGGGCCGUCGCAACCUCGGUAGCCGGCCUUGCACCGCAGAGGACAAACGAGAUGGUCUUCACCGGACUCACUCUAUAUUCGGCACAAGUAGAUGCGGCCGGCAAGUGCUCGCUGAGCGGCACCACAGAAAGCGGCGCCGCCCCCGCGCUCUCUUCCUCCGUCGUUCUACGCUGGAGAUGGGUAAGGAAUACCGACGGCGUCGCCACCACAACGUCGCUGGCGGCGCGCCUCGCACGGCAGACGGCGCAGCAGCGGUGCAUCCUACUGCCCUUCUACACGACGGAGAACCGCGAGGCACUGCUAGAGGUGCUGGAGCUGCCCAUGGCUACGAACAGCGGUGACAGCGGUGCCGGCAUCAAUGCGUGGUAUGAGCGCGGCGUGUGUGUGACCGCGUGGUCGGCAUCUGAGUAG